AAUACACUCGUGUUCAAAAUGGCGCUGACCCUGAGAAGAGAAGGAAGACCGAGCGGUUGAGCGAGUUUUUCAUUAUCGCCAUAUUAACAUGGACGGGAAAAAAUAAAGACGAGCGACAAAAUUCUACGGGUGAUUUUGUCGAUUUACGACAAUGGAACAAGGCGAGAACUGGCAAGCAAGAUCGGCGUAGGGAUCGAAAUAUGUACGCUCGUAGACGCGCGUUCGUUAAAUCGUGAGAUAAGGAGUGAGAGAGAUAGAUCGAGUGAGUGAGAAAGAGAGGAAGAGGCAAAAAGAAAGAAGGAAAAUAAUCUCUCUCUUGGUGUUGUGUUGAGCGCGUCGUCGCGUCGUGUGUGUCGCUUUCCCGUCUCCUCUGCGCGUCGGUGGGUGCGUCCGUGUGUGCGUGCGUGCGUUGCUGCCUGUCUGCUCUUCUUUCUUUCUGUCUGUGUGUGCGUGCGUGCGUGUUUAAGUCAAGAUGGCGGCGACGUUAACCGUCGAGCAAGAACAAGCCACAAAAGAGUUUAUAGAGGCUGUGAAUAAGUGUCGAGCCGGAAGACGUGCUGGACCAGUUUCCUGGAGUACAGCAGUCAAAUUUUUAGCAGCCAGGAAAUUCGAAGUAAGCAGAGCUUUAGCACUUUAUGAACAGCACGAAGCUACCAGAAGAAGAGAAGGUUUGGCUGUUUUACACCCAACACAAGAACCAUUACUCAGCGAGUUACGUACAGGAAAAUUUACUGUUCUGUCUUCAAGGGAUGCAACUGGUGCUGCUAUAGCAAUCUUUACGGCACAUUUACAUCUUCCACAAAACACUACGCAUCAAACUACUCUACAGGGUGUUGUGUAUCAAUUAGAUGCAGCUCUUGAAAGCGCAGAAACCCAGAAACAUGGUUUGGUUUUUAUUUAUGACAUGUCUGAUAGCAAGUACCAAAAUUUUGACUACGAUCUAUCACAAAAAAUUCUCACUCUACUAAAGGGAGGAUACCCAGCCAAACUUAAGAAGGUUUUAAUCGUAACGGCACCGCUUUGGUUCAAGGCACCAUUCAAAAUCCUUCGUUUGUUCGUACGUGAAAAAUUGCGGGACCGAGUAUUUACUGUAUCCAUUCCUCAAUUGACGUUGCAUAUACCACGAGAAUCAUUGCCACAUUGGCUAGGAGGCACCUUGGAGAUACAGCAUGAGGCAUGGCUAUUACAUUGUCUUAAAUCCAUGACAAACCGAGGCGGGGGUGAACUCUGUGAGGUCUGCGUUACUCCCAGAGUGGGAACCCCACUUUCACCUACGUUAAAAAAUCAUACGAUUCAUCAGAAUCCCAAUGGAACACCGAUUAGUAAUCCAACUAGUCCUAUAACCGAUAAGAAUAAGAUAAAGAAUGGUGUUUCUAACAUUGGGGAUAUUGAAAUUACUAAUGGUGAUGUGUGGAUGGCAAACGACGAAGCACCAUCUCCAGUACAGCCUCCGUCCUCAGCAAGUUCCGGUUUUAGCGACGAUGAUAGCCUUCACGGCGAUCUUGGACUGCAAGCAGUUACUAUGGAACAAUUUAUCGAAGAAAUACAUUCGAGAGGUCGUGCUGGUCUCGUAGCAGAAUAUGCAGAAAUUAGGCAAAGGCCACCCGACGGUUCCUUCAAUAUUGCAAAAUUAAGGCCAAAUCAAUCAAAAAAUCGUUACACGGAUGUGCUUUGUUACGAUCAUAGCAGAGUGUGUCUUUCUCAAGUUGACGGCGAUGCAACGUCGGAUUAUAUUAAUGCUAAUUUUGUUGAUGGUUACAAGCAAAAAAACGCGUUUAUUAGUACUCAAGGACCUCUUCCAAAGACAUGUGGAGAUUUUUGGAAAAUGAUAUGGGAACAGCAAACUCUUGUUAUUGUGAUGACUACAAGAGUAAUAGAACGAGGGCGUACAAAGUGUGCACAGUAUUGGGGUCCAGAGCCAGGUGAUGAAGUACAAGCAGGUGGCUUCACCGUAACAACUUUAGAAGUCGAUAUAAACCCAGACUAUACGAUAUCUAUGCUCCUUCUUACAAACAACAAGACUGAUGAGACAAGAGAGGUAUGUCAUAUGCUUUACACAGCAUGGCCGGAUUAUGGCGUUCCUCAAUCAGCUAGAGCUUUAUUACAAUUCCUAUCCCUAGUAAGACAGCAACAAAAUAAGUUAUUAGCAAGUAGGGGUGAUACCUGGGCGGGACAUCCACGAGGUCCACCUAUAGUAGUACAUUGUAGUGCUGGUAUUGGCAGAACAGGAACAUUUUGCACCUUGGAUAUCUGCAUAUCUCGAUUAGAAGACACGGGAACUGUCGACAUUCGUGGAACGGUAGAAAAAAUUCGAGCACAAAGAGCCUACAGUAUUCAAAUGCCAGAUCAGUAUGUCUUUUGUCAUCGUGCUCUCGCAGAAUAUGCACUUUCUAGGGGCAUGUUAAGCCCUCAACAUCUUGCUAUGUUACCUCCAACGGUCGAAGAAGAUUCCGAUUAAGAUACAUAUGUGUAAUAAUCUGAUAGGCAAGAAAAGUAGGCUGAUAAUAUUUCUGAAUAUGCGUAUUCGGCUCUGUUCUGUCUCAAUAGUUUACUUCUAGCAUAAAUGACUAAAACUUAUUUUUUUCUAUCAUUGCCAUUCAAUGUGUAACCCUUAAGAUUUUUAGUGUUUAUAUAUUAGCCUAAUAUUCAGGAUAUUCUGAAUACAAACUAGUUUGUCAAAAGAAGGCCAAAUCAGUAAGUAGGGAUUGUAUAUUUCUGUUCCAUUUGAUUCUUUUUUCGCGAAUUUUUAAUUGAGGUAACGGGACGUACUAAAGAGGGCACACAGGUGUGAAAAAAAAAAUAAGUAACGAAUAACACGAAUGUGGGAAGAACACAGUUUUUGAUUCUAUCUUUGAUCAAUGUGAACGAUUGGAAGAACUAUUUUUUUUGACCAAAUUCUGCUGGAAAAAUAUUCUAUCUAAAGGUUAUCAGAAAUAAAAUUUUAUAAAAAGUAACACAAGAAAAUUCUUAUGAGAGAGUGAAAUCGUUACUUUUAUGUGUUGACAAAGAGAAAAUGAUUGAUAUAAGUAGAGCGCAGAAAUAAGAUGUUAAGAAUAAUAAUUUGUUUAGCUGAUUGAAAUGUUAUAACUGGGUCAUUUUGCCAGUGGCCAAUGAUUAGUCGCAAUUAUCGUAAGAUCUAGAAAAAGGACGUUAUGAUGUAUAAAAUGGUUUCUUAUACCAUUGAAGAAAUAAGUGUAAUCAAGGAUACAUCGAUAGUCACUUUUGGGCAACCAAAGAUUAUAUCCCUUAUACCAGUUUAGAAAAUUGGGGUUUGAUAUGUAUAAAAUUUGAUUAAUAUUUUGUGAGAGAGUAAUCCUUUUAUACAGGGAUUAUUAAUCAGGGAUCACACCUUGUAGACUAAAUACUUCCAUUUUGAGUAAAAAUGAAAUGGGGCCUAGAAUGGCCUUACGAAUAUAAGCCUUUAAAAAUAAGUUAAAUAAGCUUCCAGCUUGUUUUAAAGUCACAGAUGCGCUUCGGUACGAUUGAAUAAUGGAAAAAGAAAAAAAUAAAAUAAAAUAAAAUAAAAUAAAAUAAAGUAAAAUAAAAUUUGUGCGAUAUAUUCGAGUUAAAAGAGUUUUAAAAUGUAUAGGGUCUUUGAUAUUUCAAUUAAAAGUGAUAUAAUUAAUUAGAAUCAUCUUAAAGAUUCAAUAUGCUCCACUAACACAAGCCUUGAUGCAUAUAUAAUGAUGGCGAAUAAAUGUGUCUAUAUAUACAUACAUACGUAUAUAUGUAUGUGUAUAUAUAUAUCUAUAUAUAUAGCGUGGGGGAUAUGGUAUCCACGUGAUUCCAUACCUUAGAAAGAAGCGCAUAUUAUUUAUGCAUAGUAUAACUUUGAAAAUAUCACGUUUGCAUAUAUACGUUCGUUUACCAUUCCUCGUGAUAAAAAGAUUAAAAAUAAAUAUUUGUUUUAAUGUUUUUUAUAAGGAUAUCUGUGAAGAGAAGUAAAAGAAAAAAAAAGGUAAUGAAAGAAAAUAAUGUCACAUUCAAAUGCUUCGUUAAUUUCAAUGUUGCGAAGAACGAAGUUUGAAAGAUCGUAUUAUCUGAACUAUUUAUUAUAUAUUAUUGUUUUAAUUGUAAAAUUCUCGAUAUGAAUAAUGAAUUUAUAAUAAGACUGUUUAAGUUAUUUAUAUAUCAGAUAGUCACUAUUUAGAGAUCAAAGUUUCAUAAGUUUUAAUAUUUAUAAUGUUCUCUUGAAAAUGCACACACAGCGCAAAUAUCAAAAAAGAAAAAGAAAAAGAAGAAAGAAGAAAAAAAAGGAAACAAAAAACAAAGAGAAGAAAUGUUGAUUCGUAAAGCGUAUUUAUUUCAACGUUUGUCGACGUAAGCUGGAUAGAUACAUUUUAUCGGGAUUAUAAUCUCUCACGUAUAAUAAAACGGCAGAAACGUACUAUUAGAUAUUUACAAAAAAAUGAUAAAAAUAAUGGGAUAAUGAUAUUUUUAUGGUAUACAUCGCAAUGUGUAUAACGACGACAAGUAUUAGAAAUGAAAGAGGAAGAAUAUACAUUUGAAAUUGGAAUUUAUUUAAAAUCAAUGUUUCAUACAAUUAAAAAAAAAAAUGGCGAAGCGUGUAUAAAAAUUACACAACAUAGAUAUUUCCCCCUAUACCGAGAAAAAAAAAAAAGAAUCUAACUUGUAUUUCUCUCCGUCUAAAAUUCUAUGCUUCCACCACCUCACCUCUCCCUCUCCUUCCUUUUCUUUUUAACAACACACAUAUAUAUGUAAAUUAAUUUGAUCCUAAAAAUAUACACUCCAUCAUCUUUGGUCGGCUUUCGCCUUAGAUUUCCUCUUAUAAUAUACGAUUAUUGCAUACGUCACGAAUAAAAAUCUAUGCCAUUAUUUUUUCCGAUAUUUUUCAAAUGCAGAGCGUGUUAAAAA